AUUUUAUACUUUGACCGCCUUAACGAAGAAUCUCAAACACUCUGAGGGCAUAUUCCAGAUUGUAACAACUGUUUUCGACUCUCACUUGAAGUCGAUCGCGUGAAGCCAUGAAUUUCGCAACCAAGAUCUUCAUCGUUCUGACUGUCAUCUGCUUGUCUGAAUUUAGUCAAGCAAGACGAGGUAAGUUAGCUCAGAUUGACUUCAUUUCCUCUCCUAAAAUCUUAGUUAAAAGAACUUAAAUAUUUUGUAUUUACCACGAAGGAAUUUCAUUGAUUUUUGCCUCCGGAAUUUCGGUGGGUGAAUGUAAUGUUACGAAUCUCUGGACUUUUUCCCUCUCUCGCGUUCAACCACAACAAAUACCACAAUUAGGCAUGUUCGUUUUAUUGAAUCGCUCUAUUCAUUGAAAAACAUAUGUGUAUGCUGUCAAUAGAUUUCAUGAGACGUAAUUGCUGUAAACUGUAACCUUUCGAAAUGGCGCGCAAUGGUUUUUUUUGUGAACGUGAUUUACAUUAUCAUUAAAUGAACAGCGGGCCUGAGACAAAAGGUUUGAAGUUCGUGUAUUGUUAGAGUUGAUCUGGCAUAAAUAUAUUCAUCCUUUUAUUAAGCGCAAGACCUCAGUUGUAUGGGUUUUUGAAUAACAUCCAAAACACAAAAAAAAUGAAAAAUAAAAGCUUAUUUUUUUGUGUGUGUGUAGGAGGAAAGCAUCGCAAGAAUCCGGAAAAGUCGAACACGUCAAAGCUGGAUGUGCAGAAUGCGGUCAAUGGAUCGGUAGCUAUUGGGGCAGAGCAUGUAAACUCAACAGUUAGUCCGUCGACCGGUCCUCGCCGUCCACAGAAGGUGAAAAGUAAUGUGCUACGAAAAAUGUCGCAUAGGCGCCACAUGGAGAAACGCUGUUGCAGAAUCGGCUACCGUGCUGCAGAACGGAGGCUUUUUUGUAGAGUGGAUCGACAGUACAGUUCAAAAUACCGGAAUAUGAUUCAUUAUGCCAGGCAAAGAUUUCAAUAUACUGGUAAGCCGUCGCGUGGAAUGCAACGCCUUAUCCAGCAAUUUGAACGGCACUGCCUCAAACCCCAGCUAAAGGGAGUGUUCUACAAGUGCUGUCUUGACGGAAUCUACUCGGUUCUCCCGAAAGGCNCAUUGAUUUUUGCCUCCGGAAUUUCGGUGGGUGAAUGUAAUGUUACGAAUCUCUGGACUUUUUCCCUCUCUCGCGUUCAACCACAACAAAUACCACAAUUAGGCAUGUUCGUUUUAUUGAAUCGCUCAAUUCAUUGAAAAACAUAUGUGUAUGCUGUCAAUAGAUUUCAUGAGACGUAAUUGCUGUAAACUGUAACCUUUCGAAAUGGCGCGCAAUGGGUUUUUUUUGUGAACGUGAUUUACAUUAUCAUUAAAUGAACAGCGGGCCUGAGACAAAAGGUUUGAAGUUCGUGUAUUGUUAGAGUUGAUCUGGCAUAAAUAUAUUCAUCCUUUUAUUAAGCGAAAGACCUCAGUUAUAUGGGUUUUGAAUAACAUCCAAAACACAAAAAAAAUGAAAAAUAAAAGCUUAUUUUUUUGUGUGUGUGUAGGAGGAAAGCAUCGCAAGAAUCCGGAAAAGUCGAACACGUCAAAGCUGGAUGUGCAGAAUGCGGUCAAUGGAUCGGUAGCUAUUGGGGCAGAGCAUGUAAACUCAACAGUUAGUCCGUCGACCGGUCCUCGCCGUCCACAGAAGGUGAAAAGUAAUGUGCUACGAAAAAUGUCGCAUAGGCGCCACAUGGAGAAACGCUGUUGCAGAAUCGGCUACCGUGCUGCAGAACGGAGGCUUUUUUGUAGAGUGGAUCGACAGUACAGUUCAAAAUACCGGAAUAUGAUUCAUUAUGCCAGGCAAAGAUUUCAAUAUACUGGUAAGCCGUCGCGUGGAAUGCAACGCCUUAUCCAGCAAUUUGAACGGCACUGCCUCAAACCCCAGCUAAAGGGAGUGUUCUACAAGUGCUGUCUUGACGGAAUCUACUCGGUUCUCCCGAAAGGCAGACAGUAAAUUUUGAUAAUUUACUGUGGAAAAAUGUGGACUAGUUCAUGUAAAUACGUUUUUUUUUUUCAGUUAAGGUCAUUUUUUAUUCAGUUUAACUUUCUCUUUGGGCAAGAUGUCUGGGCAUGAAUGUAGUGCCAUUUAGCUAAAUUUUUUGCAAAAUAAACUUGUAGGGUGCUGUCUGGUUUACGAGUAUCGCAUUUCAGGAAUUUUAGAGAAGCACUGGUGUAUAUAUAUGUCUAGAAAGC